GACUGCGCCAGAAGUGCACCGCAGAGGACAGGCCGGUAGAGUUCGACAACGUCUACGUGGACUUCAACGGCGUGGUGCACGGCGCCGUCAAUGAGUGGACCAUCCAAGAGCAGGAGGAGGCCCUCUACGCCCUCAUCGAGGCGCAGCUGGAACUGCUGCUGUCCGUCGCGCGGCCCCGGGUCUUGCUCUACGUCGCGCUCGAUGGCGUGGCGCCGCGCGCCAAGAUGAACCAGCAGAGGUCGCGCCGCUUCCGCGCCGCGAAAGGCCUGGAGGCCCAGGCGGGGACCUUGGACGGAGUGGUGGAGACCUUCGACAGAAACGCCAUCACGCCGGGCACGCCGUUCAUGGUGCGCCUGAGCGCGCGCAUGAACUCGUGGGCCAAGGCGACCGCGCAGCUGCCGGAGCUGCAGGGCGCGGCCGUCGUCUUCUCGAGCGACCUGGACCCCGGCGAGGGCGAGCACAAGAUCAUGGAGGUCAUCCGGCAGCGCCCCCACCAGAGCCACUGCCUCGUGAGCAGCGACGCCGACCUCAUCUUCCUGGGCCUGGUGUGCCCCGCCGAGCACGUCACGGUGCUGCGGGCCAAGAACACCAACGACCGCAGGCCCGAGAAGGCGGCCGAGCCGGCGGACGGGCGGCGGAGCGGCGAGGCGGAGGGCGAGGACGGGGAGGAGGGGGGCGCGGCGGGCCCCCCGGCGGGCGGCGGCGGGGCCGCGGGUGCAGGGGUGGACCCCUGCAUGACCGCCUCCGACUUCGAGUUCCUGGACAUCGGCAAGGUGCGCUCCUGGCUCGGCCGCCAGCUGCCAGGCUGCAGCGUGCCGCGGGUCUGCACGGACUUCGCGGCCAUGUGCUGCCUGGCCGGCAACGACUUCCUGCCGCACGUCGGGGCGCUGGACAUCUACAACGGCGGCAUCGAGCUGCUGCUGCAGGCCUACCAGGCCCUCGAGCCCGCGCGCCUCGGGCACCUCGUCACCGAGGAGCUCGCGCUGGACAUGCCCCGGCUGCGUGCCCUGCUGGAGCACUUCGCGGCGCCCGAGGCAGAGCUGCUGCUCGAGGCCGAGGGGCUGGGCCUCGGCGCCCCGAAGAAGCAGGCGCCCGGCAGCCCGCAGCCGCCGGACGCGCGCUGGGACGGGCUGUCCGUGCUGAUCCCGUUCUGCAACCCGAGGGCCUCGGAGCAGAAGCAGGGCAGCGCGGUGAGCAGCGUGCACCGGGUGCGGUCGGCCCAGCAGGGCGAGCGGGCACGCACGGAGCCCGCCAGGUGGCUGGUGCGCUUUGUGGACCCGGGCGCGGCCGUGAGGUCGCUCGUGGCCACCACGAGAUUGCGCGGGCAGAUACUUCGGCCGCGGUGGGCUGACCCCAAAACGCAGGAGCUCGUGGAUUCGCCCGAGGAGUCCUUCGGGCGGGCCGACUGGCAGCCCGCUCUCGCGGAGGCCGUCAGGGAGAACUUCGAGUUCUGGCUGGGCCGUGACAACCUGCCCAAGGACGCAUUCCUCCGCAGGCACGUGCGCCUGCGGCCUGACAGAUUUGUGCCAGUCAAAGUUUUUUUGACCUUCAACCGUAUGAAAGUGUGGUGUCAGGACGCUGGCGCCGUCGCCGACAUGCUUCGGGGGUCGGCCACCCUUGAGGUUCAGGGCGAGGGCGACGAGGCUAUGGUGCGGGCCCUGGAGGAUUUCAGUGUCCGCGCCGACGAGACGCCGGCUCGCGUGGCCAUCCAUCGCGAAGCUCUGGCUGCUCUGGCCGCAGGCGAUGCUGCGGCCGCCGUGCGUAGCUUGGCGCACGGCUUCUACGCGCGGCACGCCGGCCCGACGGCGGCCGGCUCGCCGGGCGGCGACGACACCGAGGGCACCGCGCUCCAGCGGAGCGCCGCGUUCCUGGUCGGGGUGGAGUGGGUGCUGCAGUACUACCUGAAGGGGUGCUCGUCCUGGUCGUGGUUCUACCCAGCGCACUACCCGCCGCUCUGCGUGAGCCCUGGCAGUGCCAAGGGGGGCCACCACCACCUGGCGGCCUUCGCCGCGAGCGGCGAGCCGCUGCGGGCGCCCCCGCGGCACGCGCCGUUCCCCCCCGUGCUGCAGCUGCUGGCCGUGCUGCCCCCGCAGUCGGCGGCCCUGCUCCCCGAGGCCAUGCGAGGGCUCCUGCUGGACCCCGCGUCGGAGGUGGGCGACUUCUACCCCCGCGACUUCGAGGUCGACCUCAAGGAGGGCGACAAGGAGUGGCAGGGCGUCGCGCUGCUGCCCUUCGUGGACGAGGCGCGCCUGCGCGCCGCGUGCGGCGGGCUCCUGC